CAAAUGAUCCAAAUGAUCCACAAAAAGCAAAUGAUCCAAAUGAUCCACAAAAAGCAAAUGAUCCAAAUGAUCCACAAAAAGCAAAUGAUCCAAAUGAUCAACAAAAAGCAAAUGAUCCAAAUGAUCCACAAAAAGCAAAUGAUCCAAAUGAUCCACAAAAAGCAAAUGAUCCAAAUGAUCUACAAAAAGCAAAUGAUCCGAAUGAUCUACAAAAAGGAAACGAUCCAAAUGCACCAGCCAAAAAGCAAAAGAUCCGAAUGAUCUUACAAAAAGGAAACGAUCCAAAUGCACCAGCCAAAAAGCCUGACGAUCCAAAACAAAUAG